AUGUCUGCUGCUCCUGUCCAAGACAAAGACACUCUGUCCAAUGCCGAGCGUGCGAAGAACGUCAACGGGUUGCUUCAGGUGCUCAUGGACAUUAACACUCUGAACGGAGGGAGCUCCGACACUGCUGAUAAGAUAAGAAUUCAUGCCAAAAACUUCGAGGCAGCUUUGUUCGCAAAGAGCUCUUCAAAGAAAGAAUACAUGGACAGCAUGAACGAAAAAGUUGCUGUCAUGCGCAACACGUACAAUACGAGGAAAAACGCCGUUACUGCUGCUGCCGCUAAUAACAACAUUAAACCCGUGGAACAGCACCAUAUUAACAACUUGAAAAAUUCUGGCAACAGCGCCAAUAAUAUGAAUGUCAAUAUGAAUCUAAACCCACAGAUGUUCUUGAAUCAGCAGGCUCAGGCAAGGCAACAGGUUGCGCAACAAUUAAGAAAUCAACAACAACAACAACAACAGCAGCAGCAGCAACAGAGGCGUCAAUUGACUCCUCAACAACAACAAUUAGUGAACCAGAUGAAAGUGGCACCUAUUCCCAAACAAUUACUGCAAAGAAUUCCUAACAUUCCACCCAAUAUCAACACCUGGCAGCAGGUCACUGCUUUGGCUCAACAAAAGCUAUUGACACCUCAGGAUAUGGAAGCUGCGAAGGAAGUCUACAAGAUUCACCAGCAGUUGCUAUUCAAAGCAAGGCUACAGCAACAACAAGCACAGGCUCAAGCACAAGCUAAUAACAACAACAACGGCCUCCCCCAAAAUGGUAAUAUUAACAAUAACAUAAAUAUUCCUCAACAGCAGCAAAUGCAACCUCCCAAUUCAAGUGCGAACAACAACCCUUUGCAACAGCAAUCAUCACAAAAUACCGUACCAAACGUCCUCAACCAAAUUAACCAAAUCUUUUCUCCAGAGGAGCAACGCAGCUUAUUACAAGAAGCCAUCGAAACCUGCAAGAAUUUUGAAAAAACACAAUUGGGUAGUACGAUGACGGAACCUGUCAAGCAAAGUUUUAUUAGGAAAUACAUUAACCAAAAGGCCCUGAGAAAAAUCCAAGCUUUGAGAGAUGUUAAGAACAACAAUAACGCUAACAACAACGGCUCGAACCUUCAGAGAGCCCAAAAUGUCCCUAUGAAUAUCAUCCAACAACAACAACAACAGAACACGAACAAUAAUGACACCAUUGCCACUUCUGCUACACCUAAUGCUGCCGCUUUCUCUCAGCAACAGAACGCAAGUUCUAAAUUAUAUCAGAUGCAACAACAGCAACAAGCUCAAGCUCAAGCUCAAGCUCAAGCUCAGGCACAGGCUCAAGCACAAGCUCAAGCACAGGCGGCACAAGCGGCGCAAGCGCAAGCACAAGCACAAGCACAAGCACAAGCACAGGCACAGGCACAGGCACAAGCCCAGGCGCAGGCCCAAGCCCAAGCCCAAGCACAAGCACAAGCACACGCUCAGCACCAGCCCUCCCAACAACCACAACAAGCUCAGCAACAACCUAACCCACUACAUGGGUUGACACCUACUGCAAAGGAUGUCGAAGUAAUUAAGCAAUUGUCCUUGGAUGCUUCUAAGACCAACCUAAGGCUUACGGACGUAACAAAUUCUUUAUCCAAUGAAGAAAAGGAAAAAAUUAAAAUGAAGUUAAAGCAAGGUCAAAAGCUUUUUGUUCAGGUGAGUAAUUUCGCCCCACAAGUCUACAUCAUCACAAAGAAUGAAAACUUCUUGAAGGAAGUUUUUCAGUUAAGAAUCUUUGUAAAAGAGAUCCUAGAAAAAUGUGCCGAGGGUAUAUUUGUUGUUAAAUUAGACACCGUUGACAGGUUAAUUAUUAAGUAUCAAAAAUAUUGGGAAAGUAUGAGAAUUCAAAUUUUAAGAAGACAAGCUAUUUUAAGACAACAACAGCAAAUGGCAAACAACAAUGGGAACCCAGGCACUACUUCUACUGGAAACAAUAAUAAUAUUGCAACUCAGCAAAAUAUGCAACAGUCACUACAGCAAAUGCAGCAUUUACAGCAAUUGAAAAUGCAGCAGCAACAACAACAGCAGCAACAACAACAGCAGCAACAACAACAGCAGCAACAACAACAGCAACAGCACAUAUAUCCCUCCUCGACUCCUGGUGUGGCUAAUUAUUCGGCAAUGGCUAAUGCACCCGGUAACAAUAUCCCAUAUAUGAACCAUAAAAAUACCUCUAGCAUGGAUUUUUUGAACUCUAUGGAAAAUACACCAAAAGUUCCCGUAUCCGCUGCGGCAACCCCAUCACUGAACAAGACGAUCAACGGUAAGGUGAAUGGCAGGACAAAAUCUAAUACGAUACCUGUUACCAGCAUUCCAUCAACAAAUAAGAAACUAUCAAUUUCAAAUGCCGCUAGUCAACAACCCACUCCUAGGUCUGCAUCAAAUACCGCUAAGUCAACCCCAAAUACAAAUCCUUCUCCACUGAAAACCCAAACUAAAAAUGGCACACCAAACCCCAAUAAUAUGAAGACUGUACAGUCUCCUAUGGGUGCACAACCAUCAUAUAAUAGUGCCAUUAUAGAGAAUGCAUUCAGAAAGGAAGAACUCUUGUUAAAAGAUUUGGAAAUCAGGAAGUUGGAGAUAUCUUCUCGUUUUAAACAUCGCCAAGAAAUUUUCAAAGAUUCUCCUAUGGAUUUGUUUAUGAGUACGCUGGGUGAUUGCUUAGGUAUCAAAGAUGAAGAGAUGCUUACGUCAUGCACUAUCCCAAAGGCUGUGGUUGAUCACAUCAACGGCUCUGGCAAAAGGAAGCCUACAAAAGCGGCUCAAAGGGCUCGCGAUCAAGAUUCCAUUGACAUUUCCAUAAAAGACAACAAAUUGGUUAUGAAGAGUAAAUUCAAUAAGAGCAAUAGGUCGUAUUCGAUAGCGUUGUCCAAUGUAGCUGCUAUAUUCAAGGGUAUCGGUGGUAACUUUAAAGACUUGUCCACUUUGGUUCAUUCAUCAUCGCCGUCCACAUCUUCUAAUAUGGAUGUCGGCAACCCAAGAAAAAGAAAAGCCAGCGUAUUAGAAAUAAGCCCGCAAGAUUCGAUAGCCUCGGUGCUAUCACCAGAUUCAAAUAUAAUGAGUGAUUCUAAAAAAAUUAAAGUAGAUUCUCCUGAUGACCCAUUCAUGACAAAAUCAGGAGCCACAACUAGUGAAAAACAAGAAGUAACAAAUGAAGCUCCAUUUUUAACUUCUGGGACUAGUUCAGAACAAUUCAAUGUAUGGGAUUGGAAUAAUUGGACAAGUGCUACUUGA